AUGAACGAUGUGAUUCUGUUUCAUGUACUGAGAGAAAUUCAAAUCAUAGGGACAGUAAAAACACAAGCUACACCAUUGGUACACAGAUAUAUAACACUGAAAGGUCUUAGACAAGUAACCCACAUUUCCCAGGUGACAUCAGACCAAGUUUGGAUUAAUGACGAUGGAACUCUUAUUUUGACGAAUACAGAAGGUGACACACUGCAUCAGCUGACAGAUGUAGAAAAGUAUAAGUGUGGGAUACACACAACUACUAUUUCCUGUGAUCUUAUUUAUAUAGACGACUACCAUAACAUUAACAAGUUUUCUAUAGAUAACAAAACAAAAUCUAUACUAAUAAAAAGAACAGCACCAUGGAGAAGACAGUGUGUGUAUUGCUCCCCCUCUAAUGGAGAUCUGCUAGUAGCGAGUACAACUCCAUAUACAGCCAAGGUAACACGGCAUGAUGACACAGGGCAACACAUACAGACAAUACAGCAUUUCAAUGGUCAGGAACUAUAUGGUUUACCUGCCUACAUAACAGAGAACCGUAAUGGAGAUAUCAUUGUGUCUGACUGGAACAGGUAUGCUAUAAUGGUAACAGAUCGAGAAGGAGUGUACCGCUUCGUGUAUCCAGAACCCUCCUCAUCAUCGAAGGUAGAACUAUAUGGAAUUUGUACAGACGCACUUUCAAACAUUCUGGUGUCUGAUCCUAGUACCAGCGCAGUGCAUAUGAUUGACAAAGAUGGACAGUUUCUUUCACUGAUACAAACACGAAAACUAGGCAUAGGUGGAGCAAAGGGCCUCAGUUAUGACGAAAAAAAUCACCUUCUCUGGAUUGGAUCGGAGUUCAACAACAGAGUGUGUGUUUACAGAUACAUAGACAGACAGGACUAUCUGACAGAUCAUUGCAACAGUAAUCAGAAACAAGAAUUUCAAAAUUAUCAGACCAUUCAAAUAAUGGACAAACCAGAAGUCAGCACCGAAUGUAAAGUUCGACAGGGUUCUCAAUGUCAGGGGGACACAGAAUUCUACUGUAACACGUGUAAACACGAACUGUGUAUACAGUGUAAAGAGAGACAUGUUAUUGAUCUAGAUACUAUAUACCAUGAUGUUGUAAUUUACCGUGAGAAAUAUGAAUACAUCCCAAAACAAGAGACCUGUGUGAGACAUUCAGGCAGAAUUCACCAUUUAUAUUGUCAGUCGUGUGAACUUCCUAUUUGUCUGCAAUGUAAAGGACACAAAAAACACCAUAUACUAGACAUAAGAACAGCAUAUAAAACAAACCGUCAACAAAACAAAGAAAUUAUUCAAAUCAUCAGGAGCCAGACUCUCUACAACAGCUGUUUUCUACUGGCAGGAAUAAAAACUGAUAUAAAAACUUGUCACACAGAAAUUUCAAAUCGUCAAUCAGAGAUGUCAGUAAAAGCCCAGAGACUUAAGAACCUCAUUCAAAAUAUAUUAUAUGAUGUUAAAAUCAGAUACGCGAGUUAUAUGAUGAAUAGACUAAAACAACAAAAGAGAAAAAUGAACAGACACCUCACAAGCAUAGAGAACUAUGAACACAGAUCUGAACAAUCAGCAAACAGACCGGUUAAAUUCCUCUUAUUCCUGAACAAGCCCCGUUUUCUUAAAAUAAAGGACACCCCUCAUCUUACACAGCACGCUCUCCUCUCUCUGGUUGAGGAAAUCAACAAGAAAGAUGUGGUUAAGUUAGGAGAAAUCCAAAUCACAGAAAGAGGAAAAAGAGAAGUAAGAAAUGAAAGUCUAUUGAAACUGAUGUCUACACCAGUGUUACAGAAAUCAGUGGAGGUUACAGGUGUUAGAGGUGUAGAUCACCUGUCCUUUGUCACCUCAGACCAGGUCUGGGUCAGUGAUAUGUACAACAAUCUCAUCUUGACAAACACAGCAGGUGACAGGUUAUAUCAUCUGACAGAUAGAAGUGGCAGUGGCUAUGGGGGGUUAUAUACAGUGAAUGGUAUAUCCGAUCUUAUUUAUGUAGACGAGGAUCGAAACAUAACCAAACUCUCCAAAGAUAAGGGAACCAAGUAUAUACUUAUAAAGUACACAGAACCAUGGAAACCACGCUGUAUUUAUUGCUCCCCCUGCAAUGGUGAUAUACUGGUCGGAAUGCGAAAUGCGGAUUCCGAUACAGCCAAGGUAUCACGAUACAACGACACAGGUGAACUCUCACAAACAAUACACCACAACAACUCAGGUCAGGAACUGUAUGGUAUACCUAGAUACAUUACAGAAAAUCGCAAUGGAGAUGUUAUUGUGUCUGACUAUUACUUUGAAGCUAUAGUGGUCAUAGAACGUGAAGGAAAACACCGUUUCUCCUACACGGGACCUCCAGUAGGACCACGAGUAGCACCACGUGGAGUCUGUACGGACGCGCUGUCACAUAUCCUAGUGUGUGAUUAUAACACUAACACAAUUCAGAUGAUUGACAAGAACGGACAAUUCCUGUCAUUGAUAUUGACAGACCAACAAGAGGAGCCAUAUAGCCUGGGUUAUGAUGACAGGGCUCACCUUCUCUGGGUUGGAUCAAACAGGAACAACAGAGUGUGUGUUUACAGAUAUAUUGAGAGGCAUGACCAUCUCACAGGUAAUUCUAAUUACGAGGGUUGUUCGAAAAGUUCGUGGACUUCUGUCAUAUCUUUUAUACUUAAUGCCAUAUUAUAUUCAAAUUAG